UUGAAUGCUUCCUGAUCUUCUUCAGAAAAAUUCGCGGCCAUGUUGGAGAAGAAAUGCUCAAGCAAUCGUUCUACGCGCCGCUAUCUACGAGCCUUGCUGGUGUUGGUCGGCUUGUGUGUAGUGGUGGCAGGAGUCGGAUUAUUCUUCAGGGAUACGCCGUUUGUCCGCAACGUUGAGAAGCGCUUUAUGAUGGGAAGUGCAGUAAAAGCCAAACUUCCAAACAAACAGCACUUUUAUCAACAUGCCGCUGUAGCUUCUGACAAUGCUGAAUGUUCUAAAAUCGGACGUAACAUUUUAAAGAAAGGAGGUUCUGCUGUUGACUCUGCCAUAGCAGCCAUACUGUGUGUUGGUGUAAUCAACUUGCACUCCACCGGAAUUGGAGGUGGUGGGUUCAUGAUGGUCUACGACAGUCACAAGCGGUCAGCAGAGAUGAUCGACUUUAGAGAGACUGCGCCUGAACGAGCCGAGGUGGAUUUGUUUAAAGGAAAUCCGAUGAAUGGGAUCCUGGGUGGCUUAGCUGUAGCAGUUCCCGGUGAACUGCGAGGCCUGGAAGCAGCUUGGAAGAAAUACGGCAAGCUGCCAUGGGAAGAAUUGUUUAAACCAGCCAUUCGCAUUGCAAACAAAGGUUUCAUCAUUCCAGAGACGGUCGACAUAGCAAUUGGCAUUUGGAAAGAUCUCCUCAUGAAGGAUAAGACAUUUAGACGAGUGUUUACCAAAAACGGAAAGCUUCUUCGAAAAGGAGACCUUCUUAAAAGACCGCAGUUGGCUAAAACACUACAACUUAUUGCACGAGCAGGAAGUGCAGAACCAUUCUAUAACGGGCCAAUGAGUAAAUCAAUAAUAAAAGAAGUCCGCAACGCUGGAGGAGUGUUAACCUUGAAAGAUCUCAAAAACUACAAAGUAGAGUUUCGUCCCGUGCUAAAAAGCAAGUUGGACGACAUGACAUUACUUAGCACUCCUCCACCAACCGCUGGCCCAGUGUUGGCUUUGACCCUUAAUAUCUUGAAGGACCGUGAAAGAAAUGAUGAGCACAAAACUGGCCGAAGACAUUAGACACCGAAUCACGGACACCAUGACGCAUUCUCGAGAUUAUUAUGGCUCAAGGUACCAUGUACCCAUUAAAACUGGAACGACAAGCCUAUCCGUGUUGGCCGCCAAUGGAGAUGCAGUUUCACUUACAAGCACCGUAAAUGGAUAUUUUGGAGCCAAGUUUCUCUCAAACAAGCUUGGCUUCGUCUACAACAAUGAAAUGGACGACUUCAGCGCACCACACGUGACAAAUGAAUUCGGACUUCCGCCAUCUCCUGUCAAUUUCAUAAAACCUGGCAAGAGACCGCAGUCCUCGGCCGUGCCCGCGAUAGUACUGGACAAAAAGGGAAAUGUCUUAAUGACAAUUGGUGCUGCUGGGGGUACCAUUAUAACAACUUCUGUUGCACAGGCGAUAAUGAACUACUUUUGGUUUAAGAAAAACCUGCAGACAGCCAUUACAAUGCCGCGUGUACACGAACAGCUUUAUCCUAAUUUUGUUUUCGCUGAGACUAGGUUUCCAACAGAGGUCGUCAACGGUCUUAUUUCCUUGGGACAUAAGGUCAACGUUAGUGACAUAAGUCAUGGUGUAGUCCAAGGAAUUGUGAGAAAUCCCCACAAGUACAAGCUUAUCGACAACCGAGGAAAAAGGAAAGGAUAUGUGUACGGCUUGAUACCACAAAUCUACGCAGAAUCUGAUUACAGGAAAGGAGGACAGCCUGCUGGAUAUUAACAGAAAUUUGCAUUCUUCUUAAACAACAGUUUGCGAAAGGAUUCAAGCAAGAAAAACUUAAGAAAAAAAAUGGAGAGUAUUUUGUACUCCAAGUAUGAUAUGAAAUGAUACGCGUACGUUAAGUCAACAAAGUUGUAAUAUAUUGGAUAGAUAAUUCUGUGAUGGUCCAAAGAGUAAGGCAGAAGAUGUUAAUCUCCGACUCGAUAUUUGAACUGAGAAACACUGAAAUCUCACCUUUUGUGACUUUCAGAACUUUCAGAGCCAGAAUUUUGAAUCAUUUGUAGUUUUCAGUUCAUUUUCUAGUAGACGACAGAAAUCAAUUGAGGGUAUCUUAGUAGAUGCCUACAAAACGAAAAACAAGCCACAACAAAUGUGAUUAAAAAGAGCAUUUUCCACCAGCUGAAGAUUGUUGGAUGCAAAUGUCUUAA